GCCAAAAGGAGCUCUCUCUAUCUAGUAUCUACUCCCUGUGGAUGGAAACAAACUAACAGAGUUGUGCAACUUCUUGUUUUUCCACAAAUGAAAAGAUCUACGCUCUUAAUAUCAAUCCCUGAAGCCAAGACAGCAUCCAGUGCUCCAUCCAACUAGCGAACCCACACCCGAGACCACCAUGACUACAUUAGCGCAGUCCUUCUCCUCCCAGAGCGCCGACGUCGCCAUUCUGGUCCCCAAGAGAGAGACCCCCUUGGCCAGAACCUCUCCACAUUCGAAUCCAUCUCCUCUCACCAUCACCUACCAGCAACUGCAUGCUCAUGUGGCUAAAUUCCAAAGUAGAUUGGCCAAGCUGGGCGUCGGUCACGGUUGUGCGGUGUCCUUGGCACUCCCAAACUCGUUCGAAUUCAUUGUCGGGUUUCUCGGCGCAUCCUGGCAGCGAGCCAUUGCCGCUCCGCUGAAUCCUGCCUAUAAGCAGGAAGAGUUUGAGUUUUAUAUUGAUGAUCUUAGUUCGACCUUAGUGCUGAUACCCGAGGGAUCAUAUGCAAAGAAUGGCCCCGCCGUGCGAGCCGGUAGGAAAUACAAUGCUGCAAUUGCAGAGUGCUACUGGAAUGGCACGGAGGUGUUUCUGGAUGUGAAGGAACCUGGAAAGUUGGCGGGAAGUGCGGGUGUGCCCGUUGGACAGGCCCAGCUGGAUGACAUUGCUCUUGUGCUUCACACAAGCGGCACGACCGGUAGGCCCAAAGCCGUUCCACUCACCCACAAGAAUCUCACCACAACUAUGAGGAACAUCCGGGAUACAUACAAAUUGACGCCGCAGGAUCGCACGUAUUUGGUGAUGCCUCUGUUCCAUGUUCAUGGUCUCCUAGCAGCAUUUCUUGCGCCCCUCUACUCCGGCGCGUCCGUCAUCGUGCCUCCAAAAUUCUCGGCCACUGAGUUCUGGUCCGACUUCAUCACCUAUGGUGCGAACUGGUACUCAGCUGUACCUACAAUUCACCAGAUUUUGCUCAAAUCUCCCUUGCCCAGUCCCAUUCCCCCGAUCCGCUUCAUCCGUUCAUGCUCCUCGCCAUUGUCUCCCAAAACUUUCCAGGAUCUGGAGACGACCUUCAACACGCCAGUCCUGGAGGCUUACGCAAUGACAGAAGCCGCUCACCAGAUGACCAGUAACCCUCUCCCGCCAGGAAAGCGCCAGCCCGGCAGUGUCGGCGUUGGACAGGGCGUAGAAAUCAAGAUCCUCGACCAAGAGGGCAAAGAGGUUCCUCAAGGCUCAGAAGCCGAAAUCUGCGUCCGCGGUGAGAAUGUAACCAAGGGGUAUUUGAACAAUCCGUCCGCCAACAAAUCCUCGUUCACCAAGGAUGGUUUCUUCCGCACGGGAGACCAGGGUAAAAAGGAUCCAGACGGCUACGUGAUCAUCACCGGCCGUAUCAAAGAGCUCAUCAACAAGGGAGGAGAGAAGAUCAGUCCCAUUGAGCUGGACAAUACACUCCUACAUCACCCCAAGGUGGGUGAGGCCGUGUGCUUCGCUAUCCCGGACGAGGAGCACUAUGGUGAGGAUAUCGGAGCAGCAGCGGUUCUGAAAAGUAACAAUGCAGCCACCGAGGACGAAUUGAAGUCGUGGAUGGCAGAGAAACUGGCGAAAUUUAAGACUCCCAAGAGAAUCUGGAUCGUCUCGCAAAUCCCUAAAACCGCAACGGGUAAAAUCCAACGCCGCAAGGUUGCAGAGGUGAUGUUGACCCCCAAGGCCAAACUGUAAACAAACUCUUACAACUAUCCCGAUGGUCUGGGGAACAGCCCGUACAUACAUACAUACCCAUGUACAUAUAACACACAUAUAUACUAGAUUGGAAUAUUUACAUAAACCCUUUGCAUAAUCAAACGUAUCA